AUGGCGCAAACUUAUCUCAUGUGGGUUGCUGGGAAAGAAGAGGUUGGAGAAGAGGAAUUAUUACCGGUAGAAGACCCUGCGACUGGAGAGACCUUUGCCUUUUGCCAUACGGCAUCAGCGUCAGAUGUUGAACGCACUAUUGCUCGCGCUGAGGCGGCCUUUCAGUCUGGCGUUUGGUCUAGAUCCUCGCGCCACUACCGCGCUGAUAUCCUGGACAAAUCUGCCGCGCUCCUUACAGCGUCGCUGCCAAGCCUCAUCGCGCUCGAGGUGCAACAGACUGGCCGCGCGAUUCGUGAGAUGAACGCUCAGGUUCCUUCGUUGGUGCGCUGGUUUAAAUAUUACGCCUCGCUUCUGCGUGUAGAAGAGCAGCCUGUCUUACCAACAGCGGGGAAGCUGCACAAUUUCCUCCAACGCGUACCGCUCGGUGUCGUGGUUCAGAUUACUCCUUUUAACCAUCCGUUGCUUAUCGCCGUAAAGAAGCUCGCACCAGCACUUGCCGCUGGAAAUAGCAUCAUCCUAAAACCGAGCGAGUUAACGCCGUUAUCGACACUACUGCUUGGUCGUAUUCUGAAAGAGGCCGGCGUUCCCGAUGGCGUUUUCAGCGUUUUGCCCGGAUACGGUGCUAUAACCGGAAAGGCACUCGUACAGCACCCUCUAGUAAAAAAGGUAGAUAUCACGGGGGGAACAAUAGCGGGUAGGGCAAUCGGCGGGAUCGUAGGCGGAAAUCUAGCAAGAUAUACUGCAGAACUCGGGGGUAAAGCGCCGUUGAUUGUAUUUGAUACGGCGGAUAUUCAGGUUGCUGUUAACGGGAUCGCGUUUGGUAGUUUUAUCGCCAGCGGUCAGACUUGCAUUGCGAGUACGAGGAUUAUCGUACACGAUAAAAUCUUAUCGCAACUGCUGGAGAAGCUCAAGGUAAAGACGAAUUCGAUUCUGCAACGCAUAGGUGCCCCUACAAACCCAGAGUCAACGAUGGGGCCUUUGGUCUCGGCAAAACAGCUCAACCGCGUCGAGACGUUAGUUGACGACGCUGUGAAUAGUGGCAAAGCAAAAGCAAUUGUAGGAGGAAGCAGGAUGCAUGGUAUCAGCUCUCUUGAUGGGACUGACUUCUCUAAGGGCUACUUCUACGAGCCCACGAUUCUUAUUUCGUGCGAAGGUGAUAGCAUUCUCGAGACACGCAUCUGGCGCGAGGAGGCCUUUGGUCCUGUAAUCGUGAUCGUGGGGUUUGAUACAGAAAAUCAGGCUGUUAAGCUGGCCAACGAUAGCGAGUUCGGUCUCGGAGCUGGAAUCUGGACCCAAGAUCUGGCGCAGGCUUUUCGGGUUUCAGAACAAAUCGACGCUGGUAUCACUUGGGUAAACACACAUCAUCGAAACGAUCCAAGUAGUCCGUGGGGUGGUACUAAGUUAUCGAGUGGUGUUGGAAGCGAAAAUGGUGUAGAUGCUUAUAAUGCGUACACAGCGAUUAAGAGUACCAUCAUCAAUUAUGCUUCAAGUGAAGAGUCACUCGUUACGGAUGACUGGUUUAAUGAUGGUACAGGGCCUAUAAGAUAUGGCUGA